UUCCUAAUCUGAGAACCGAGAGCAGACGGCGGAACGCUUUCUCGACUUGGAGCCAUAGAAGGAUCUCGGAGAUAUGACUUUUAAGAGAAGAAAUGGCGGACGCAACAAGCAUGGUCGUGGCCAUGUCAAGUUCAUUCGGUGCUCCAAUUGCGGUAAAUGUUGUCCAAAGGAUAAGGCUAUCAAGAGAUUCCUUGUGAGGAACAUAGUUGAACAAGCUGCUGUUAGGGACGUUCAAGAAGCUUGUGCUUUUGACCAGUACACUCUUCCCAAGUUGUACGUGAAGAUGCAAUAUUGUGUUUCUUGUGCAAUUCACUCUAAGGUUGUCAGGGUCCGCUCUCGGACUGACAGGAGGAACCGUGAGCCUCCAAAGAGAUUCUCUCGUCCAAGGGAUGAUGCUCCAAAGCCUGGGCAAGGUCCCCGCCCAGGUGGUGCUGCUGGUCCGGCUCCUGUGCGUUCUUGAAGAGGAUUUUCUCAUCGAUCUGCUCUUAGAUUUCAAGACUUAAUUUUGAGUAUGUUUUGCUAUGCCAUUUGCUCUUUAGCUAAUUAGCGUUUAUCUGGUUUCGUAUCGACAAUCUCAUCCCCGUGAUUAGUUUUGAAAUUUUUGGAUAAUUUUGUCGGCUUUGUUGUUUGUUUUAAUCAAGUUGCAUGUUUUGAAUGAUGUUUUUGCAACCUUGUUUGAUUUGUCUUU